AUUAUUAUUAUUAUUGCCAAAUGGCGAUCCUAUGAUAACAUUAUUAUGUUUUAGAUAAUAGAUAUAGAAUACACAAAUUACUCGUCUAUGUUAGAUCAAUGCGAUGAUGUUCAUACAUAUUGUUACCUACAAUACAAUUAUUUCACAAAAAUUAAUCUAUUAAUCACGAAUGUUUAGAUUAUUGUGUAGAUUUGCAUUAUCGUAUUGCGACUUAGUACUUUUACUUAAUGCAAAAUGAACAACACUUCAAAGGGUGGGAAAAAUAACAACGAUUACACAAAGUAUGUCUUCAAUAAUUCUUCAAACGGUAACAAAACGUGUGUUUUUUAUCCAUCAGCGUUGGAUCAACCAUUGGAUGACGUCCCUUGGAAAUUGGUCAAUAUGUCAUUUAAAUUAUUAAAUGUUGACUCAAAAUUGGUGUUAACUUUACUCGCAAACCAUGGAUUUCGUGAGGUCAAUUCUGAUUCAAAUGAUUUCAAUUUAUUAUGGUCAAAUAAUCAUAUUAAUACAAACAUCAUUAGUUCAUUGAGGUCUUAUCAACGCAUCAAUCACUUCCCUAGAUCAUGUGAAUUGACUCGUAAAGAUAAACUGUACAAAAACAUUGAAACUAUGAGCCAUCGCAAUGGAAUUAAAAAGUUCUCUUUUGUUCCUGAAACAUACAUUAUGCCGAAAGAUUACAAUAGAUUUAUUUCGAAUCAAUACCGACAUCGAGGUUUAUGGAUUGUAAAGCCUUUCGAUUUAUCUCGCGGAAGAGGAAUAACAAUUAUUGAUUAUUCAUUUAAGGACACUCAAUCGGCGUUGAAGGAAAAUGUCGUUGUUGCUAAGUAUAUUGACAAUCCUCUGUUGGUGAAUGGAUAUAAGUGGGAUUUACGUUUGUACGUAUUAGUUACAUCAUUCAAUCCACUUGUUGUGUACCUGUACGAAGAAGGUUUGGUUAGAUUUGCCACUGUUAAAUAUGUAUGUGAUAGAAGUCGUAUUAAUAAUCGACGAAUGCAUCUUUGCAACUAUAGUGUCAACAAAAGCAGCCCGAGCUAUAUUAGAAAUUCGGAUCCUGAACGAGAAAAUGUUGGCCAUAAGUGGUCCAUGAGCGCUCUUUUGAACCAUCUUAGAGAAGAGUACCUUAUUAAUACUGAAACUUUGAUGGCUGAAAUUGAAGAUAUUGUAGUUAAAACAAUAAUGAGUGCAACUGCACAAAUGUUACCAGCAAUCAAUUGCUUUGUACCUCACAAUCAAAAUUGUUUCGAACUAUACGGAUUUGAUAUUUUGGUGGACGAUAAGUUAAAACCAUGGCUGCUUGAAGUUAACCUAUCUCCAUCAUUAGGGAUAGAUUCUGGACUUGAUUCUCGCAUUAAGAGUUCAAUGCUAUGCGAUUUAUUUACUUUGAUUGGCAUCCCAAUCGUUGACCCUACUGUCUUCAACUUUAACAAAAAUGUUCGAAGACCAAAAUCUGAUAUUCCAAGGAACAGAAAUUCAAAUAUAAAUAUUAACAAUCUCAGUAGUGAUGAAAAAAGAUUAUUGAAAAAUACGAUGGAUCAAAAUCAAAGGAGCAGAGGGUUCAUACGGAUUUUUCCUACAUACCUAUCAUGGAAAAAGUAUUCCUCUUACUUAGAUAAUAUCAAUGGAAUUCCUAGGGGAUCCACUAUACCACCGUUUUAUGUAAAACUGAUAAGGAAUUAUAAUUAUUUUUUAAACGACCAUUUAUUCAGCGAAAACUCCUCAUUUUAUAUGGAUAUUAGCAGACAAGAUCGCUAUGAAAGGUCCUUAAAAGAUUUUAAGCGGAGUUUAAAUGAUGAUAAAGAUGCGGAUCAAACAACUGAUAUGUCAAAGUUAAAAAAAACAAUUGUAAAAUAUUUAAAUGAUGGAUAUGUAUUCAGUAAUCUACAGGCUCGGCAAACCUUUGCUCUAUACUUGACUUACAUUUCUGCUUUAUUAAAAAAAUGUGCUUUGGAGAAAAAUUUUGACAAUCCAUCAAGUAAUCUUGUUUUGAUGUUUUUAAUAAAAGCUUCAAAAAACCUCAGUGUUCCUUUAAAAAUUGAGGUUUCUAAAUCUUCAUUAUCAAACAAAAAAGCAAUGGAAAUACUUCAAUUAUUGGAAAGCUUUUUAUUGAAAUACAACUAUGAUACUGUAAUGUAUUUGACCCCAGAGACUACAAAAAAUUGUUUGCCACAUAAAUUGUUUAAUUUAUUUCUCACGCAUGCCGGGAAAGAAGAUAUCGAAGAAAUAAUUAAUGAUUCGAAACACAAUUGUUUGGCUUCUGCAAUACACCCGGUGAAUGAUAUUAAAAAUUCUAAAUCAUUAGAAUCAAAAGUUUGGAAAUAAUAUGUACAAUGCUAAAGCGGAGAUGUUGACAUUUAUAACUUACCGUACUUUUCGUCAUUAAUGUCAUAGAUCUACUAUUGACUAUUGAGUCAUAGGUACAUCUGUACCUAUAUGUUUGAAUUUAUUACAACGUAUUUUGUCCUUCUAUAUACUUUUAAUUAUUAGUA